AUGGAAUUCCUACCUUCGGUAUCAACUCAAUCUAUCCUCGAAGAGAUGGCCGUCAGCCCUAGAAUCAAUAAUAACCAAAAUGGGGCCUCCCAUGUAAAAUCAUGGAAUGGAAACCAACCCGAACGCGCUCGAAACCUCCCCGCAAAGAGAUCUCUAGACGUGCCCUUUCGCAAAUCACUAUCCGAUCCUACCGCAUUGAGUAGGCCCGGCCUUCAGGCUCGACCCUCUCUCAUGCGAAGUGCACUCAGCCAGGUUCCCGAGCACUCUGAGGAGAUUGGGCAGGGGCCCUGGACAUCUGAGGCAUUGGAUCUCUUUGAUUUCUGGCCUCCAGGUCGACCAAAGCCAUGCUGA